AUGGCAGUGGCACAGCCUCCGGGCCGCCGGCUCACCUGCAACCACUCCUCAGACGCCCAGGGAGCGUCCGUGAUUAUAAACGAGGGCGGGGCCAAGCUGGGAGGCGGGGAUGAGGGGCAGCUCGACUGUGUACUAACAAAAGUGUGGGCUGCAUCAUUUGGGGUUCUGUCGUCAGGCUUGGCCAUUCUCAGCAGUUUUGGAUUGUUGCUCUUUUGUGGGGUACCCUUUGUCAUUACAGCGGCAAAUGCACCAUUUCUUAUACUUGGGGUUGGUGUUGAUGACAUGUUCAUCAUGGUGUCCUGCUGGCAAAAGACUAAAGUCAAGGACGGAGUCAAGGAUCGGAUGGCUGACACCUACGCAGAGGCGGCUGUGUCUGUUACCAUCACAACUCUCACUGACGUUUUAGCCUUCUACAUUGGCAUUGCAACAUCCUUCCCAUCAAUUCAGUCAUUUUGCAUCUAUACAGGAACAGCCUUUGUCUUCUGCUACAUUUACAACUUGACAUUCUUUGGAGCAGUCCUUGCCCUGAACGGUAGAAGAGAAGAAAGCAAUAGACACUGGCUCACGUUCAUGACAGUGUCGACUGAAACUGAUGAUUCUCGUGGUUCUGCAUAUAACAUGUGCUGUGUGGGAGGAUCUUAUGAUGAGACCACUGGGGCAGAGUAUGAGCAUCCUAUGAACGGGUUCUUCAGAAAGUAUUUUGGUCCUUUUGUUGUGCACCCCUUGACCAAAGUGUUUGUGGUCCUUCUGUAUCUUGGGUAUCUAGGUAGCAGUAUUUAUGGGUGUACUCGGGUUAAAGAAGGUAUAGAUCUUCGAAAUCUAGCCAGUGAUCAUUCUUAUGUCAUUCAAUAUUAUAACUGGGAAGAUGAGUAUUUUAAAGAGUAUGGUCCAAGGGUGAUGGUCAUUGUUCCUGAAAGCAUACCAUAUUGGAAUUCAACUGUUCGUGUAGAUCUUGAGAACUGCGUGCAGUUGAUAGAAAACUCAACCUACGUUGAUAAGUAUUUAUCAGAGUCAUGGUUGAGAACGUACAUAACAAUUGCUAAUAGAAUGUCUUUAAAUAUAGAUGAUCGUAGCUCUUUCAUUGGUAAUUUAUCUGUCCUGUUCCAAGUGGAUCCAUACUCUUGGUGGGAUGUUAAUUUUACUGAUCUGGAAAUUUCAGCUUCACGAUUUUUCAUGCAGACAGUCAAUGUCACUACUGCAAUUGAUGAGCGAGAUCUUUUAGAACAACUGAGAGGCCUUGCAGCAGACUGUAACAUACCACUGAUAGUUUAUCAUCCCGCUUUUAUAUACUUCGAUCAGUACCUUGUGAUAGCUCAGAACUCCAUUCAGAACGUCGUGAUUGCUACUGGAGCCAUGUUACUUAUUUCCUUGCUGCUGAUUCCCAAUCCUUUGUGCUCACUGUGGGUAACUUUCGCUAUUGCCUCUGUUAUUGUUGGGGUGACUGGCUUCAUGGCCUUUUGGGAUGUCAAUCUUGACUCCAUUUCCAUGAUCAACCUUGUUAUUUGCAUAGGGUUUUCAGUGGACUUUUCUGCUCAUAUUUCUUAUGCCUUUGUUAGCAGCGAGAAACCCAGCAUGAAUGACAGGGCGGUGGAUGCUCUAUACCGCCUUGGUUACCCUGUUGUCCAGGGAGCUGUUUCCACCAUUGUGGGAGUACUGGUGCUGUCCAUGGCAGCCACUUACAUUUUCAGAACAUUUUUUAAGAUUAUGUUCUUGGUUAUUUUGUUUGGAGCUGCUCAUGGUCUUAUUUUCAUUCCUGUGUUUCUAACCUUCUUUGGCUUUUGUGGAAGCAAUCCUAAAUCUCCCCUACCCAGCCACAGAACCUCUGUCUUAGAU